AUGGAUACAAUGAGUGAUAUCAAUUUAAAUGAGGAAACAUCAGAGGAAAAUGGUGAAUUAAGGAGAUCAUUGAACUCUUUGGAUGGUUGGGAUUUUGAAGAGAAUAAUGAGGUUCCAUCUAGGCCAGAGGAGAGCCCGCCUCAGAGACCAAGUUUCUCGCCAACUGGAUCAAAUAUAUCACGAGCCUCUUCUGUUCAAGCUACUGAUCAACUUUCCUCUUACAGUCUACCUGGUGCUACUUUGUCUUUUCACCAACAGCCUUAUAGUCAUUAUCCUCAUCAAGGACCAAGUAAUUAUGGACCCAGUUAUUAUGGUCCACCACCACAACAUGGUGGCCCACUUGCUGGUCCACCUUAUUCAAACUAUCAACCUUACCAAGGUCCACCGCAUCCACAAAAUCCCAACUUUUAUCAACCGAUUCCACAAUAUAGAAAUUAUCCUAAUUAUGGUGCACCCUCACCGGCUCCUGGAAUGUAUCCUUAUUAUCCGAUGCAAGGUUAUGAUCAAGGCCGUCAAAGACCCUAUCCAAAUGAGUUUCAAACUUCUCAACGUUAUGACCUUAAUACAAGUAGCUCAUCGUUUGACCGUAGUUUUGGUCCAACCAGUUUUCACAAUUCAACUAUGCCUGCUCCACCAGCUAAUAAUAUGCCUGGUGGUUUUCCACCGGGUAACGUGCCUCCACCUUUCCCAAGUGCUUAUCCUUACCAAACCCCUAACAAUUUACCACCGAACUUCAAUGAAUGGUAUCAGCAGGCCAUGCGAUGGUGGCAUGCAAAUCGUGCUAAAAGUGAAGCUGGAGGUAGAAGGGCAAGAUUGACACCUCCGUUUUAUCCAAUGCGACAUUCAAGAGUAACCUUUGGUCCAUUGAAUCAACUUGUCAUCGCAAAUGGAAAAGAUGUAAUCAUACAUCAUCUUCAACCAAUGUUGAUUGAUAUUGAGAGUCGAAUUAGUAUCAGUACUUGGCCUGGUCCCUUAGUGUCGGGAUUAACAGACAAGGCGGAUAUUAUGGAAUUUAUACGAGCUCAAGAUGGUCAACAUCAAACGAUUGGAGAAGCUGUAGAAGUUUCCUUUUAUGAUAAACAAAAAAGGCAAAUUUGGCAAAUAUUGAAAUUAUUAGUGCAAUUAAAUGGAAAUGUUUCCGGUGCUGACAUUGCUGAGUUACUUUUGUAUCACAAUGAAGCCGAGUUUUCUGUUGGUGAAAAUUCUGAGCUUAAUCAUUACAGGCGUCUAUUGACACUUGGACAGAGAAAAAAUGCUCUCGAAUUUGCUACUAAAAAUGGUCUCUGGGAUCAUUUCUGGGCUCUUAGUUGUCUUACUCUAUCUCCUGACACUUUAAACUACUCCAAUCCUCCUUCGUCCAUAUUUGAAGCAGCGACUAAAUUCAUCAACACCAAGUUAAACAACCAGGAUGCUCUUUAUAUCUUGUAUAGAUGCCUUCUCAACAAAUUAACUUUUUAUAAUAAGAAUGCUACGAAGCCAUUGCCCAUUUCAAAUUUACAGCACUUCACCAUUCUUCUAGCCAAUGACUGUGAAAUUAAUUCUGUUGUCUCUGCAGCAGCUUCAGAACUUCUAAAUUUUAUUAUAGCCCUCCGAAACAAUGAUUCACAACAUCUUAUUUCAAUCUCACCCGUUGCUUCCCUGAACAAUGACCCAAAUGUUAAAUUGGACUACUCAGAAGAGCUUAUCUUCAUCAAUGAAAUUUUCGAGUUCUCCAGAAAUUGUGAUGAGAUAAUAGUUGACUUCAUUCCUUACAAAGUUUUAUUUACCUGUAAGUUGUUUGAUUUUGGUUUUAUUGAUCAAGCAAAAAAGUAUUGUGAAAAAAUUAGAGAAGCUGUUAAUUAUUACACUAAUCAAAGCCCUGGAUUGAUUAAUUAUGCCAAUGUUAAUUGGGAUUAUGUGACAAAAAUUCUGGACGAUUUAGAAAGCCGUAUCACCGGUACCCUUAUUGGGUCCCCUAGUGAAAGUUAUGUUGCUUCAAGUGAUGCAGUGGCUGGUGAUGAUGAUCCAUCAGUUUCAGAAGUGUCUGUUGACAAUUUAACUGAAGAUGUCGGUGGUUUAUCCCUCGGUAUCGAUGAGGAAAAUGCUGGUUCAUUAGUUUCUUCACCUCAUAAAUCACGUUCACCAUCAGUAGCUGAUGAUCAACCCCCUCUCUACCCAAGGCCUAGCUCAGAGCAAUUUCAAAGACCUGAACCAAUUUCGUUCACAAGUAGGCCUGAACCAUUCAAUGUUCUUUCAACACAAUCCAGUUCACCACCGGUACCAAAGCCGAUAGAAAUACCAACACCGAUUCCAGCGAUGAAGCCACCAUCACCACCAUCACCUCCGACGUUGAUUAAUUCUUCUGUACCAUCUUAUUCUAAUAAUUAUCCUGAAUCUAACCUGAAGCAACAACCACAAUCGCUACAAAAUCAACAAAAUCAACAAAAUUUGAAUCAACCGGCUUCGAUUAUGCAACCAUCUAAUCAAUUUGCCAAUCAAAGGCAAAAUCAAUCUUGGCGACCAAGACAACGUAGUGACUCUGCAUUCAGCUCAGUUGCAGGUGAUACUAUUACGAGUACACCACCACAAACGCCUAGAAUAAAAGAACCAACACCUUGGACAUCACAAGGAAUGUCAAUUCAACAAAAUCAGCCUUUUGCACAACCGUCUCAAUCCUUACAGUCACAACCUCAACCUUUUCAACAACAGCAGCAGUUACAGCAACAACAACAACAACAACAGCAACAGCAACAGCAACAGCAGCCACAACAACAGCUACAACAGCAACUGCAGCCACAACAACAGCAGUUCAAUCAAGAUUUCAUUGAAUCAGGACAAAGUCAACCGAUGAGCUACAUCUCUGUUCAAUCAGGAUAUGACUCAAAUCGUUAUGAUGAAAGUGAAGCUGGACACAGUUCAUUUAAAAACACUAAUCAUUACAAUUUCAAUUCAACAACAACCAACGGGCUCGCUCCAUCGUCAAUCUCAACUCCUAUUGUGUCCCCCAUAGCUUCACCAGCAACAGAAUACAAUCAAAUGAGGAGUAACAGUUUUGAUACAGCAGCACAAUACCAGGCUAACUCAAAUGAACGUGAAACGGAGGUUAAACGCAACGAAGAAAAAGAAAGAUCCAAUGAAGGAGAUACAUUGGACUCUAAAACUGUAAAACAAAAAGGUGUUCUUGACUUUUUAUUCUCAAAAUUACCAUCAUUACCUAAACGGGCGGUUCUCCCCGAUGACAAAGAUCCUUCAAUUAUUUGGGAUGAAAAAUUACAAAAAUGGAUCAAUAAAGACGAAAAAGAUGACCCAAGUUCUCCAAAUCUUCCACCAGGUCCUCCUAAAAUACCAAUGUUCAAUCAAUCAAUGGGACCACCAAGUCACGAAUCUUCUCAAACAAUGCAACCCUUUCUCCAAAAGCCACCCCAAUCAUCAAAUCAAUCGCUCUCGUCAUCCAAUUUCCCAAACCUUAUGAAUUCUUCCUCUCAAAGUUUUGGAUCAAACCCAAUGAUUCCUCCAAUGGCAAACAAUCUUAAUGCUGGAACUUCUUUCAAUUUUGGUGAUGCAAGUUUCCCUGCCAUGGACCCUAGCCGAUUGUCAUUUGUUAAAAGCAAGCAAAAAAGAUGGGUUGAUAUUAGCUCUUCUACAAGAUGA